UCGGUCGCCCUAAAAAAAUUGUAAAAUCCCACAAUAUACUUCCAAGGAGUCAUGAAAAUGGAAAAGCAUCUAUUCUUGUUGCCAUCUCUUGUUGAUCACAGAUUCUUCUUGUUUCUUCUUCAUCGGUCCAGUCCUGCAGCUGCGAUCGAUCUCCUCUUUGACCAUUAGGAUGGCUGCGCAGUAUUAUCCUUUUGGUGGUUACAAGAUUUCUGAGAGCGUAGUGUUCUAUACCACUCAGCUUACAUUUGCCUUUGUCAACUUUUGUCCUGUUCGUCCGGGUCAUGUGCUUGUGUGCCCAAAGCGUGAAGUGAAGCGAGUUGCUGAUCUCACUGCUGAUGAAACUUGUGAUUUAUGGCUCACUGCACAGAAAAUUGGCGGGCAGCUGGAAAGCUAUAGCAAUGCAUCAUCACUUACAUUGAAUAUCCAAGAUGGGCCCCAGGCAGGACAGACCGUUCCUCAUGUUCACAUUCAUAUCAUUCCCCGAAGAGCUGGUGAUUUUGAGAACAAUGACGACAUAUAUGAUGAAAUUGAUUUGAAGGAGAAGCAAUUAAAGAUGAGGCUUGAUAAUGGGGAGAGCAAAGUCAGUGGUAGCCUUGAAGGGAUGGCUGCAGAGGCAGAUGAAUACAGAAAACUUUUCUCAUGAAAAUUUUAACACGUGAAAUAGGAGUGGAAUCCCCUCAUAUUCUCUUUGACAUCGUUCCAGUUUAUUUGGACUAUUUCGAGUAUGAUAAUAAUCGAAUAGCUACAAAAUAAGUUAUAAAACUUGAGGCUCCUGGCCUUGUGGUUGUGGAGGACCUGAUAACAUUAUAUGAUUGGAUAGUUCAUCUUUCCCAGCUGUAUUUGGUUUCUCAUGACUAAUAUGGAUCUGCUGCAUUGCAUGUAGUUUGAGAAAUAAGUUACAAUGGCUUAUAAACAAGCUUGUUAUAAUUUUUAUUUUAUAAUAUAUAGAAGUGUAUCGAAGGUGCUUGCCUUUG